UGUUUUCCUCUUGGCCAGGAUUGGCUGGUGGUGGGGGUGGAGCAGCGGGAGGACGAGGAGACUUGCCAUGGCCGCAGCUGCGCGCGCUCGGGUGACGCACCUGCUGAGGCUCCUGCAGGGCACAGCAUGCCAGUGCCCAACACAUUCUCACACUUACUCCCAAGCCCCCGGACUCUCGCCUUCUGGAAAAACAACAGACUAUGCGUUUGAGAUGGCUGUUUCAAAUAUUAGAUACGGGGCAGGAGUCACAAAGGAAGUAGGCAUGGAUCUACAGAAUAUGGGCGCUAAGAAGGUCUGCUUGAUGACAGACAGGAACCUUGCCCAGCUCCCUCCUGUGCAAACAGUUCUGGAUUCCCUGGUGAGGAGUAACAUCAGCUUUCAGGUCUACGAUGGCGUGAGGGUGGAGCCCACAGACAGAAGCUUCAUGGAUGCCAUUGAGUUCGCCAAAAAGGGAGCCUUUGAUGCGUACGUGGCUGUAGGCGGGGGCUCCACCAUGGACACCUGUAAGGCCGCUAACCUGUACGCGUCCAGCCCCCACUCUGAGUUCCUGGAUUAUGUCAAUGCCCCCAUUGGGAAGGGGAAACCCGUGACCGUGCCUCUGAAACCGCUGAUCGCAGUUCCAACUACCUCAGGAACUGGCAGUGAGACUACAGGGGUCGCCAUUUUUGACUAUGAACGUUUGAAAGUAAAAACUGGAAUUGCUUCGCGAGCCAUCAAGCCCACACUGGGACUAGUUGACCCUCUGCACACCCUGCACAUGCCCUGCCAGGUGGUGGCCAACAGUGGCUUUGAUGUCCUUUGCCAUGCUCUGGAGUCGUACACGGCCAUUCCCUACAACAUGCGGAGCCCCUGCCCUUCCAACCCCAUCCAGCGGCCAGCCUACCAGGGCAGCAACCCAAUCAGCGACAUCUGGGCAGUCCAUGCACUGCGGAUUGUUGCCAAGUAUCUGAAGAGGGCUGUCAGAAACCCCGAGGAUCUGGAAGCGAGGUCUAGUAUGCACUUGGCAAGCGCUUUCGCUGGCAUCGGCUUUGGCAACGCUGGUGUUCAUUUGUGCCAUGGCAUGUCUUACCCAAUUUCAGGUUUAGUGAAGACAUAUAAAGCCAAGGAAUACAAUGUGGAUCACCCUCUGGUGCCCCAUGGCCUCUCUGUGGUACUCACAUCUCCAGCAGUGUUCACCUUCACAGCCCAGAUGUUUCCAGAGCGGCAUCUGGAGACGGCAGAAAUACUAGGAGCCGACAUCCGCACCGCCAGGACCCAAGACGCCGGGCCUGUGUUGGCAGAUACCCUCCGACAGUUCCUGUUUGACCUAAAUGUUGAUGAUGGUCUCAGUGCCCUUGGCUACUCCAAGGAUGACAUCCCUUCCUUGGUGAAAGGGACACUGCCCCAGGAAAGGGUCACCAAGCUUGCGCCCCGUGCCCAGUCAGAAGAGGACUUGUCUGCCUUGUUUGAAGCAUCAAUGAAACUGUACUAAUUACCGCGUCAGUGAAAUGAUCACCACCGUGAACGAUAGCAGAAGUGGGCCAGGCUCAUCUUUGUCGUUAUCUCCACAAUUAAUUCACCUGCUGCCGGUUUGAAUGUGACGUGACUUUAUCCUUCAGGAGACUCCUCGACGUGGAUUAUAUAAAACCCGUGGGCCACACCCCAGGGGUCAGUGUUCCUAAACCAAGCCCUGCUGAACACGCGGACUCUCAGUCCAUGUGCCAAAUGGACAAACUGUCUAUCAAACAUACAAAUAUCCUAUGUCCAGACACUGCAUGUCUAGAAAUUUAUCCUGAAAAAAACUAACAUUAGUGUGCAAAAUAAAAAAAUGACAAGGAUGUCUCUGAUAGUACUUUUUUGGGUAAUAAAAAUUAAAACAAUCUAAACAUUCAUUUAUACAUACUAAUACGGUAAAUGGCAAAAGACUAUGGUAUUAUUAAUAAAGAUAAAAUAAAUCU